UACUCUGUGAUUGUUAAGAGGUUAGGUAUGGUUAGGUAAAUCAGAAAGAAAGAGUUAUGUUUUUUAUAAUGUGAUAUUUUUAGGUACAAACAUUGGAUAAUAAGCUUAAAUCUCCCUAGAGUAAAUAAUAUUAAUAUUAUGUUCUUUGACUUCCUCGGCUUAUAUAAAUUAUAAACAAAAGUAAGAACUAAGAUGAAAGAUUGGGAUAACUAUAUAUUUAAACCAUAAAAAGUAAAAACCUAGAGUACCCUAGAGUAUACUGAAAAUGUCUAGCAAUAAUAGCAAAAAAACUAGUAGUAAAGGCAACGAAAAACCUGGUGAUGGAAUCCGCUCAAUGAGAUCAACUACAGCAUUUAGAGUGGUCAACUUUGAAUUAUACGCAAAACCGAAUAUUGUGAUAAUGAGCAUCGGCCUCACAUGUUUUGGUAUUGCAUUGGGAUAUAUUGCUUACAUGAGACAGAAAUAUGAAUCGAUGGGCUAUUAUUCAGCUAUAGAUAAGGAUGGAAAAGAAAUAUUUGAAAAGAAGAAAUCAAAAUGGGACUAAAAUGAUUUCACCUACUUCAUACUAGUCCUAAGUAGUUCUGUUAUUACUUCUUGUCUUACAAAUUGUAAAUAUUUAUAUUAAAUUAUUCUUAUUUGUUGAAUAUUAAUUAUUACCAUAACA